UGAUGAGUAAAGCCAUAGAUAAAAGCUUUAAGAAGGAUAAAUCGAUCAGGUUUGAAACAAGGGAGUUGAAAGGGUCUCCAAGACUCCACUAUAGUGUAGGAAGGUCAAAUCAGAAUUAUGAUAGCUUCAAUCUAUCCAAGGUCAAGAAGCCCAAGAGUCAGCAUGGAGGAAAAUAAAAGAAUGAGUACUCUCUAUAAGGCUAUGUCCAGGAAAGAGGUUGAAAGUCCAACUCAUAAGAAUAAGAACAAGUUGAUCAGCAAAAUUUAUCAUCAAAUUAAGGAAGCUAGAUUUAACAGAAAUGAUCUUCAAUCCUUUGCUAAUAAUCAAAUCAAGACUCACUCAGGGUAUAAAAGACCUCAAACUUCGAAAUAAAAUAGCCGAGAAGAUGAGGUACUACUACUCUCCUUACUCAAACAAGCUAAACUGUGGAAGUUACAUGGUUUUUGAUGAUAAAUAGUGAUGAGAAAGGAUUAAAGCCUGCUGGUUUUAAGGCUCUAAAUGACAGUCUUCAAGGAAAUGCUGUUGAAAAAUGGAAGCUAGUGUCUCAGUUCAUUGACACGCUAACUCCAGAGUACUAUCAAGCUGGAAAUAUCAGCUGUGAGGAGCAUAGCCUUAGUAGUAAUAAGAAGAAGCAUAAAGCAAAAUAAGAGAAAUGAGAAUAGAAGGUUCACUAAAAUUAAUUCGCUUAGGAAGAACCACUACAAAUAGCUCCUCUAAAGCGCUCCUGGAUAAGCCAAAUGUAUCAGUGACUGCUAUUAAAUAAAAAUAACAGCCACUUCUUUGAGAGAAUCAAUAGUGAAGAUCUCAACUUCAGGACUAUUAACAGGAACAAUAAUUUCUUUAAUCUGGAAGAUGAGUCUUCUAUGAACUUGAUUAAAGAGGAGACUCCAUAUGUACAUAAGUCAGACAAAACUCUGAAGCUCCCAGAGCGUCCCAGGAACAGCACCCCAGCUAUAAAAACAGACUCAACACUUUCUAGAUGUAAUAGGAAGAGUAGUGAGGCUUUUGAAAAUCCUCCCAGAACUCAUGUUUAAAAAUCAAAGUUAAAAAGCUAAAGCAGAGACCCUCUACCUCUAAGAAGGG